ACGGCGGUUUCGGAAGGCGAGGCCUGAAGGGAGCGAGGAGGCGGCGGCCGGGAAGGAGCACCCGGGGCCGGGGGCCCUCCGCAAGCAUGGAUCUGGUCGGGGUGUCUGCGCCCACGGUCACCGUGUUCAUCAGCAGCUCCCUCAACAGCUUCCGCUCGGAGAAGCGGUACAACCGGGGCCUCACGCUGGCUGAGUUCAAGUGUAAGCUGGAGCUGGUGGUGGGGAGCCCGGCCUCCUGCAUGGACCUGGAGCUCUACAGUGCCGAUGACCGCUUCUGCAUGAAACUUGACCAGGAUGAUGCUCUCCUGGGCUCCUACCCAGUGGACGAUGGCUGCAGGAUCCAUGUCAUUGACCGGAGUGGGGCCCGUCUGGGCGAGUACGAGGACCUGUCCCAGGUGGAGAAGUUUGAGCUCUCCCAGUCAGCCUAUGAAAGCAGAACUGACUCCGUACGCUCCUUCCUGAAGCGCAGCAAGAUGGGCAAAUUCAAUGAGGAGGAGCAGAAGCGACGAGAGGCCGAAGCGGCCCAGCGACUGGCUGACGAGCAGGCCCAGGCCCAGGCCAUCACGGUGGGGAGCCGCUGCCAGGUGCGGGCGGCUGGCCAGCCUACCAAGCGGGGCACUGUCAUGUAUGUGGGACUCACGGAUUUCAAGCCCGGCUACUGGGUUGGCGUCCGCUAUGACGAACCGCUGGGGAAGCAUGAUGGCAGUGUGAACGGCAAACGCUACUUUGAGUGCCAGGACAAGUAUGGUGCCUUUGUCAAGCCCCACACGGUGACCGUGGGCCACUUCCCAGAGGAGGAUUACGGACUGGACGAUGACGAGAUGUGACCCCCCAGUGGGGGUGGGGGGGGUUAAACACUACUGGGGGGGGCGUCCCCUUGGAUGCGGCCUCCCCUUCUCUUCCCCACCCUCCAGCCCGGGCCCCUCCCUCCUUUUCCGUGUCUGUGGCGUAUUCCCUCUUCCCUUCCCUCUCUUGAGUUGUAUUUUUUAUCUUAUUUUCCCCUUGGCUCUUGUGUGGUUGUGAGACAAGUGAAUUAAAUGCCUCUGAAUCCCUUGGA